AUGGCCUUCAUCAGGACAAAACUAGCACCGCUGCUGCUUCUAGCAACAAGGACUUUGGCACAGACCGCUUGCUCGAGGCAGCCAACGCUACCAACAGGCAGUGGCCCAGUUGCCACACCAGACACUUUGGAAGCAUUCUACAGCCUCCCAGCCAUCAAUGACGCAGCUACCAACGCUCCUGUCCCGAGUGGCUACACAAUAGCCUACACCAAUCUACAAACGACAUCCAAUGCCGAAGGCUACCAAGGCUACUCACUAUUAGACUCCUACAACGUAACAGAAUGUGCCAAUCGCUGCGACACCAAUGACCGCUGCACGGCCUUCAACAUUGCCUUUGAGCGAGCACCCACUGUCGAUCCAACUUCCGACGCUGAAUGCUCCAACCCACCAUCGACUACUCUGAUCAAGUGCGUCCUCUGGUCAGGCCCCCUCUCCACCUCCAACGCUGUCAACAACGUCCAGGUCCGCGGGAACUUCACUGUUGCCAUAGCUGGCUCAAAUGCCUACAACAAAGUCACUCCUCCUGCCCUGCCCAACUACGUCGGUCCCACCAACCUCGGCCGCCGGACCUUCUCACGUAGCGUCGGAACCUGCAGCAACGGCACCCGUACGGGCAUCAGGGAGCUACUCUCAUACGCUCCGACAGAUCCAUUCAAUGUAACGAGAUGUGCGACCGCCUGUGAUGCUGAGCCUCAGUGUCAGUUCUUCGCGACAUGUGUUCUGACAAGAGAAAGUGGGGCCCAGUUUGGACAGAUCUGUACGUUCUAUCGCCUGCCUUGGGGCAAGGAGUAUGCUACGCGAAGACAGAUGAGCUUUGAUGGGCCUCUGUGGGAUGUCAGUGCGAGCUUUAGCUAUGCGAAGGUUGGGAGUGAGGGGAUGUGUCCUGCGGCUCCGCCUGAGGCUUCGCAGUGA